ACAAUUACAGACAGAUUGGGACAGCUGCUCCUGGGACCUGCACCCACCCCAAUCCCUUCUCUGGUCAUAGUCCUGAGCUUCGUACAUGCAGAGAGGAGAGAAGGCAGGCUAGACGGCAACUACUCCUUCAGAAGACUGCACGGUGCCAUCACCCACUAGCCACAACCAUGAUGGAACUCAAAGCCAUAAAGAUUAGGGUCACCUUCUGUAUCAUUCUGGUAGGGGUAUCGUUGAUGUUGGCCGCCGUAAUGAGUGAUUACUGGGCAGUUCUGAACCCCAGAGUGGACGAUUUAAGCGAACCAUGUGAGGUGGCACAUUUUGGAUUGUGGAGACUUUGUAAAAAGAAGAUCUUAAUGGAAGCAACAGAUUCUAAACCCAAAGGCUGCGGACCAUUAAGCCUUCCAGGAGAUCAAAGCUGCACUUACUUCAAACAUUUCACCUCAGGGGAGAAUGCCGAAAUCUUUGAGGUGACUACUCAGAAAGAAUACAGCAUCUCGGCAGCGGCGAUCGCCAUCAUCGGAGUUGGUUUCAUGACGAUGGGGAUGGUGUGUACUCUCCUGUCCUUUAAACAGAAGCUGGAUUACCUGUUAAAACCAGCCGGACUUUUCUUCGUCUUUUCAGGUCUCUGUAUGAUCAUCUCGGCGGAGGUCAUUAGACAGUCCGUUCACCGCAUGAUAGACAGCAAGGACACGGUCUGGAUCGAGUAUUACUAUUCCUGGUCUUUCGCCUGCGCCUGUGCGUCCUUCGCCCUGCUCUUCAUUUGUGGAAUAGCUCUCGUUCUCAUCUCCUUGCCUCGGAUGCCGAGGAACCCCUGGGAAUCUUGCAUGGACGCUGAGCCUGAUAUGUAAAUAAAGUUAAAAAAAAAAGCACACCUACUGCGAAUACGGCUGACGCAAGGAUGGGAGACAAGGGGUUAAAUUAUCCGUUCCGGUUGCUGAAGGAACAGGUCACGUUCCCUUACAUCAAAAAGGACAAGGAGCGCAGCUUUUUAAAGAAUUUGUUUAUAUCCCAAAUUUAUAGGUAUUUAAGCUUUCUACUUCCGUUACCACGUUUCUGAUUGGUUCGGAGAGGCAGCGAGCGCAGUGAAUAGCUGGCGAGCAACAUAGUUGGGAAGCAAAGUCUUAAAAUCUUCCUCAGACCCUCCCCCAGUACGGCAAUACCUCUCAUGUAUGUACCUACAUACUGCCAGUGUAUAUUUAGUAGAGUCCGCUGCAAUUAACGCCAACAAUCCACCCAGAGUCUCGGUAACAAGGAUACUCUAUGUGGCAUGCUGUCUAUUUAAAACGUUAUUUAAUUAGCUUUAAAUAGCCUGGAAUACAUGAUCCCAAGGCGUUGAGCAACAAAUGCCUAUGAUUUGUCAUCUCCUUUCGGUAGUGGCUGAAAUUUAAGUGCGUAAUACUCCCGGCUCUGAGAGAGUCUUAAAGACAUAUUCAUGAUUUAUUCUAGUUAAAUUCACUCGGGAAAUUUAAAGCCAUUAUGUUGUGUGUGAUAGGUUUGGGUGGAAGAGUAUUUUUAUGAUAUUGGGGGGGUGUGAUGGGAG